UUUGCACAACCGUUUCCAGUCCAUAUCAAGCAUAAAACCUCGCCGCCGUCCCCAUUCCGGCAGGUGAGCAACAAGUGUCCGCGCUCCCACCCUCUAAUUAAUUUUUUGUCGACGGGAUGUUUCGUGCGAUGGUGGUUCUCACCCUGUGCGCCCUCGCCGGUGCAGGUGAGCCCGUGAAGAGCGCAAAGGCGGACAGCAAACCAGUUCCGUGCACAUGUGGCGUGUUCUUGAGUGGACAGUUCAAGAAAGGGUCAAAGGAGCAGCCGAAGGGGGUGCCGGUGCUGACGCAGGAAAUGGACACCCCCUUCAUGAACAACGCCAUGGGAAAUCGGCAGUGCACGAAUAAGUGCCUGGAAAUGAUUAUCACACAUUUGCCCAAGAGCGGGGACAUCAUCUGCGCAACCGUGGACAGAGACCUGGUGCACAAGGAGAGGGCAUUCCUCUUCGUGAAGAAUUACAGCCAAAAAUGGGUGAACACGAACAUGUCGGCAGGAAGGGAGUUCUGUUGCAAGGAUAACGUCCCUUACAAGUGUCCCAUCAGUUAAAAAUUCCUGUUGUUUACG